AUGCUUUCAUUUGUGAAUCUUACUUUAUAUUUCUGGGCUAAUGUUGUUGCAACUGCUUGUUUUACUCAGAACCGCUCUUACAUCAACAAACGAUUUCUGAUUGCUCCAUAUGUAAUUAUUAACAAUCAAAAACCUAAUGUAAAAUUAUUUCAUGUGUUUGGAUCCAAGUACUUUCUAUUCAAUUCCAAAGGAAAUCGGAACAAAUUUGAUGAAAAAACCAAUGAAGGAAUCUUUCUGGGAUAUUCGCUAACUUUAAAGGCAUAUCGUGUUCUGAACAAAAGAUCGAAGAAAAUUGAAGAAAGCUACUAUGUUACCUUUGAUGACAAAUACAUGAAGAAAUACCAAAAAGAAGAUUGUCAAUCUGAGGAAAUUUUUCCAUCAGCAAAUUCAACGACGAUUCCUCUUAUGAAUUUAUAUGAGGAAGUUCUAAAUUUUUUUGAUGAAACCGAAAAGGCUAUUUCCUCAUAA